AUGGAUGGAUUUUAUGACUAUGUCCAUCAAGCAAUUGUAUCGAUACCAAGCACUCUGCAAGCACAUAACGACAUUGUGAACAAGAUUACUCGCAUUCCGAGGCAAGAUGUGCCACCUCUUCGACGAGCUGAGUGGACCUAUCUCUGUUCGCUGAUUCCCCAACACGACACUGCUACGGAAUUGAUAAAAAAUUACGAGACGUUCUGGGAAGUCAAAUUUCGAAUAAUUUAUAUGCCUACAUUUUGGAAGGAGUACCAUCAUCUACGACAAGAUCCUUCGACGACUGCCUUGGAAUAUCCGGCCAAACUACUGCUCGUUUUGCUGCUUGGAUAUCAAUUACAGCACGCUGGCGAAAAUACUCCGUCUUCUGAAAGAGAAAUAUUGCCUAGGCACACAGCUCUCCUAUGGCUACCAGCCGUUGAGUCUUGGCUAUUCACUCAUUUAGAAGUGAUUAAACCAACCCUGGGCCUGAUUCAAGUACUCUGUCUUUUAGCCCUUCCCACUAGACCUCUUACAACCAAUAACUGGCACUCAUAUGCCACUACAGGGUAUUUGAUGAAACUGGCAGUAGUGAUGGGUCUUCAUACGGAUCCGGGAAAAUUGGCCCAUAUCUCUGCUACCGAAACUGAACUGAGGAGGAGACUAUGGGCUACGAUUAUGGAAAUCGAAAUAUCCAAUUCCUUGGAUAGAGGUCUCGCGCCAAUGUUUACACUGGAAAUGUUCGACACGCUGGCGCCUGCGAACUUGAACGACCAAGAUUUGGAAGAGGGUUGCUCAGGCGCCGCAGCCAAUCUCCCAACGGAUUGCUGGUUUCACAUAACAUUGCUGCAAUCACUCCCACUUAGACUUGAGGUGUGCCAAGCGCUCACCAGCCGCAAGUAUGGGUUGACGUACCAGAAAGUACUCGAUCUCGACACUGAGCUAAACAAAGCUUUGUCACACUUGCACUCAACAUCAAAAGACAUGGUACCGAUGCACCCAAGUCUUCUACAGGACCGGUGGCGAGCCCGUAUUACUAUCCUGGAUUUGCAUAUUCGCCGUUGUCUUCUGGCUGUGCACCAAACCUUCGUCAUUUAUCCCAAAGAUCGAAAAAAGUUCCAUUAUUCCCGGAUGGCCUGUCUCGACUCCGCGUCCGUCUUCUUGUCAGCCCAGGACACCUUAGUUCAUGAAGAACUAACCAGCUCUCUGUUGCUAUCAACACAGUUACACGCCUUCAUCUUGACAUGUUUCCUGCUGAUGCAACAUGCAGUGCCAGAGUCAUUUGCAAGCCAAGGUAGCCUUUCCUCCAUGUGUACAUCGUGGAUCCAAACUCUACUUGAGAAAAGCAGGGAUGCCGGUGCUAAAAGUAUCUAUACCUAUAAACGAGGUCUGAAAGAGUACACAAUACAAUGCUUCUUAUUGCCAUACAGUAUCUGUCGCCGUUCUUCAACUUCUUGCCCAGACCGUAUGGAGGCGGCAUCCCAAAGAUACGGCGAUGUUUGUUCCGCAUUUUCUCAUUCCCUAGAUCCUGUAAACUCUCAGGACAAUACGACUCUAUCGUCACCUAUCUUGGUCGAUCCUCGACCCAGAUCUUUAUCUGAUUUUUUGCAAGAUCAACCCUCGGUACCAACGCUACAUGAGGACAUUUCUUGGAACACCCCAAACAGCGUCGGCUCAAAUGAAUACUCGCUGGGGAUAGAUACGAGCAUUGCGGACUUCUUGCUUGGUGUACUAGGAGAGCACGACGACGCGACUCAUCUAUAUAACUAUGCCAACCACGUAUAA